AUGUCUGAACAAGCUAAAAAGAGGAAAAGAAUCGCAUUAAGUUGUGACAAUUGUCGAAGAAAGAAGACAAAAUGUGAUAGAGGUUUACCCUGUUCUAAUUGUGUCAAGUUAAGUAUCUCACAUACUUGCAGCUAUAGUUCUCCAUCUCAUAUUAAUCAUAAUAGAUCAAAUGAAGUACAACCACAAAUUAAAGAAGAAAAUUUAAGUAUCCAACAGGAGUUGGUCUACCUCAAAGGUAGACUCCGUCAAUUGGAAUCCUCGGUCACUACCAAUACCGAUGCAAUACAACUAUCCGUGGAACCGUUCGAUGGUACUCAACAGCUCAGGCAAGGUCAAGUACUAGUUGAUAGCAACAAUGUUAUUAUGGAUAGGAACAAAGACCUAUUGAUAGGAAUUUUACCACAUAGAAAGGAAGAAGCCCAAAUCAAUCUUCAUUUUACUGAUGAGACAUCCAACCGACUCACAAAACCUCCAUUACCAUUUAUGCAUUUGCUGAAGAGAGAUCCUGGAGUAAAGUUAUUUUGGCUGUUCGAGAAUCUGCCAAGGUAUGCAGAAUAUACUUUCAAAGAUAUUUUUUUUAGCAGUAGAAGGAAAGAUAAGAGGUUAGAUGCAUACAAACAAAUGGCUAAGGAGAAGUUUGGAAAUAAGUACAUAAAGGAAUUAGAAGAUGGAUACAGUUUGAGUGAAGUUAAAGCUUCUAUUUCAAACCAUGGUAAAUCAGUUGGAAUUGUUUUUCAUCCCAUUGAUAUGAAACUCUUUACGUUAAACCAGAAGAUUCUAAGCUUAAUUCCUAAUCAAAAGAUCAUUUCUAGAUUUUUGAAUGCUUUUUUCGAAUAUUUAUAUCCUUUCUUUCCUGUAUUAGAUGAACUGUCUUUUCGGAGUGACUUGUCAAGAAUAAUGGGUGCAGCUGAUGAGUUUUCAGGUAGAAUUACUGAAAUUAAAAUGGAGAAGAAGUCCGAUUAUGCGAUUUUGGCCACAUUUUUCUAUAUUAUAAGGUUGACAUCUCUUAUAUGGUUUACAAAUGACAUUGAAACAAAUUAUCAAUUUCUUCUGGAUAACUCACCAUCGCUGGAGAAAGAAAGAGAGAUGAUAAUGGAACUGCCAAUUCCUCUUGAUUUAAUCGAUGUGGCUGAAGAAUGUAUUAAAUUAUUCAACUUAUUUAAAGUGCAAGAUCUUACUGUUUUACAAGCUCUAAUAUUUGGAAGAGCUUACAACAAGUUUGCACCUGAAAUGGGUGAUAAAUUCACUGGUCCAGAGACUCAAGUAUCGGAUGGAAUCGUGAUACAAGUAGCGAUUUCUUUAAGGCUCAAUAGAGAUCCUGAUUUCUACCUUGAAGCAAAUGUUACGGAUAAAGUCAAAAAUUUAAAGAGAAAGAUUUGGCACUAUUUGGUAGGAUUGGAUGUUGAAGAUACUUUGAUGUUUGGAACGACGCUAACAAUAGAUAGCAAGCUGAAUUAUGAUACUAAGUUACCAUUUUAUAAAGAAGGAGCAUCAAACAUAGUGGAUACCGAACUAGAAAAAGAUGUGUUGAAGAGUAUAGUUUUAUCGCGUCCCAUUAUCUACACGAUGUCGUUAUUGGCUACUACCGUCAGUAAUAUUAAGGCAAAGGUUGAUGUUACCCAGUUUUUAGAAGAGUUACAGGACAUGGAGUUGCUUUGUUCAAGAAUUUUUGGUAGAUUAAAGUCUUUGAUUAGCGAAGACCUCAUGUCUUCAGAAUCCUUCAGGAUCAAGAGAAUUUACUAUUAUUUGCAACUAAAACUAUUCUUGUGUCAAAUGUAUUUCUUUUGCCAUAUUUACUAUAGUGAUUUGGGUGAAAGAGAUUUAGAGCAAUUUUAUCAUAAGAAAGUGUUUACCAUUCUCUUUAAUGAAUUGGCAGAACUUGGUCAGAUUGAUAAAAACGCCCGGAAUUUCGGAAGAGCAUUUACUGUGAUGCUUACACCAUUGAUAAAUUCUUAUAAUCACAUCUUAUACAUGGUUUGUGCCAGUUUUAGUGUUAGACUAUCUGCUACGUUGAGAGAAGAUUUAGAAAGUGAAUUUGAAGGAAGUCUGAAAGAUUUGCUUCAAGAAAUUUUAAAUAUGGCUUUAGCAUGUACAAAAACUACUAUUAAGAGAAUGUCUAUAAUAGCAAACAGGUACUUUUUUGCAUGGAAGAUUAAUAAAGCACAUCUUUAUGGAAUUAAGCUAAUGAAUGAAGUUCCUAUAUACGAGAGUAACACUUCGAUGACGUUGAAAGCUAGGCUAAAAUAUUCAAAGGAACAAUUACGUGAUUUUGAGAGGCUAUUAAGGUAUUACACUGUUAUGUUUGGUAUAAAGGUCGAUGGGUCUGUUAGCAGCCCACUCAAUGAUGUAUCUGAUUCUCUAAAUGUAUUGUUACCUGGUUCAUUAAAUAAUAUUGUUAAAGACAGUGAAACUGUUGUUAAUGAUUUACAAACUGACAACUUUUGGUGCCAAUUGCGAAAAAUAUGCCUGGAAGCGGAAAUUGAAGAUUGCUUAAAUCCUGAUCCUUCAACUAAACCUGGUAGAAUUAAUCUAAAUUUAGGUCCUACUAAUGUUGAUGAAACUCAAUUCAAUUAUAAUAACAUCCAGACUCAGUUUGACUUCUUCAACGACACUGCUUUUUUCGAACUUUUUAAAGUUGCCAAACUAGAUUAG